AUGACCCGUGCUGUGGAAAUAGUGAUCGCAGUGUUGCUUGCGUACGUCUUAAAAGCAGAACACCAAGAGCAAAAGCUUUACAGAGCUCCGUAUGCCAUUCAGUCUCAACGUAAAGAUGUGUUACUUCGUCGAGUCAGGCAUCCUAGACAGAAUCAAGAAUAUUAA